AUGCUUUCUCCUUUUACAAAACAAUUGAGGAGGUCGUCCUUCGGCUUUCGUGGGCUAAGAAAUGCAAGUUCAAAAGUCAUCGGAAUUGAUUUGGGCACGACAAACAGCGCUGUGGCAUAUGUGAAGGAUCCUUUUGACCUCAGUUCCGUCACAAUAAUUGAGAAUGAUGAGGGGAAGCGCACAACGCCGUCAGUGGUGGGGUAUGAUAAGUCUGGUCGCACGUUGGUGGGUGAUGUGGCGCAACGACAAGCGCUUGUGAACCAAGGUAGUACGUUUUAUGCAACGAAAAGGCUCAUUGGACGUCAGUUCGAUGAUCCAGAUACUCAAAGGGAUUUGAAAAGACUUCCUUACAAGGUUGUCAAAAAUGAGAAAAAUGGGCAAGCGUACUUGCAGGCAAGUAGCGGAGACACCAAGUCUCCCAGCGAGAUCGGAUCUGAAAUAUUGACAUAUUUGAGAAAAAAUGCAGAAAAUUAUCUUGAGGAAAGCAUCAACAAGGCUGUUAUCACGGUGCCAGCUUAUUUUAACGAUUCUCAGCGCCAAGCUACAAAAGACGCUGGAAUUUUAGCAGGGUUGAAAGUCCUGCGCGUGGUGAAUGAACCAACUGCAGCGGCACUCAGUUUUGGACUUAACUCUGAUAACUACUCAGGAGUCAUAGCGGUGUAUGACUUGGGAGGUGGCACAUUUGAUAUAUCGAUUCUAGAUAUCGAGGAUGGGGUUUUCGAGGUCAGGGCAACAAAUGGUGAUACCCACUUAGGUGGUGAAGAUUUUGACCAUUUAGUUUCAUCUCACAUUUUAGAAUCUUUUUUCAAACAAAAUCCCGAUGUCGUUAAGGAGGAUGUUUUACAGGACCACGAAUGCAUGCAGAGAAUUAGAAGCGCUUCGGAAAAGGCCAAAAUAGAGCUAUCUCAUGUCAAGCAAGCUACCAUCAGCAUUCCAUUCUUGUUCGACAAUAAACAUGUGAGUGUCAACAUGUCAGAAGAAGAAUUGGAUAAUUUAACCAUGCCUUUAAUAGAAAAAACGAUCCCCCCGGUCAAAAAAGCCUUAAGAGACUCCGAUAUCGAGCCACAUGAUGUCGACGAAGUUAUCAUGGUAGGGGGUAUGACAAGGAUGCCAAAAAUUCGUUCCGUGGUUGGAGAACUUUUCGGUAAAAAGCCCAACACAAACGUAAACCCCGAUGAGACAGUAGCCUUGGGAGCUGCAAUUCAAGGUGGUAUCCUCUCUGGCGAGAUUAAAAAUGUACUUUUACUCGAUGUGACUCCGCUCACGCUUGGCAUCGAAACUUACGGGGGCGUCUUUUCCCCGUUGAUCCCCAGAAACACAACAGUGCCAAUAAAGAAAACCGAAAUUUUCAGUACCGGAGUUGAUGGACAGAACGGGGUAGAUAUACGUAUUUUCCAGGGAGAAAGGGGAUUGGUGAAAGACAAUAAACUGAUUGGUGAUUUCAAAUUGGCUGGCAUCCCACCUAUGCCCAAAGGCGUCCCACAAAUUGCAGUCACUUUCGAUAUCGAUGCUGACGGCAUCAUAAAUGUGACUGCAGCUGAAACCAGUACAGGACAAGAGAACUCAAUGACGGUUAUAGCGAAUUCAGGACUGACGGAGGAAGAGAUAGCUCAAAAAAUUCAGGAGGCAAAUGCUAACAAAGAACGUGACAACAUCAUCAGGCAGAGAGUUGAUCUCAUUACGAAAGCCGAUAUUAUGCUAUCGGACACCGAAAAUGCUUAUAAAACGUUUGAAGAAGUUAUUUCAGGGGACGAAAAGUACCCAACAUUAUUAGAAAAGCUACGGAGCAUCAAGUCAUUGAUAAAAAAAGCUCAAGAAGAUGAUACCGACUUUAGCAUCGACGUGAAUGAGAUCAAACGUGCAACCGACGAUAUCCAGAAGGCAUCCCUCGCUCUGUUCCAGAGAUCUUCACAAAGACAUCGAACGUAA